UUUUAACAGAUGCUUUGCGUAUGGUGAUGGAUUAUUGAAUUCAAGUGAAAGUCAUCAUGGAAUCCUCAGGGGUCGAUGACCCAUUGAACACAGACAUCUCGCCCUUCCAUCCCAGUCAAGAUUCAAACAAUGCAUACUCAACUCUCCAAAUGCUUACAUCGACCCAACCUUCGCCUGCGGAAGGUUUACAAGGGAUGGUAUCUCAGUUCAUUCCUUUUGUCAAUGUUACAAGUUCUGAGAGUGCCACCACGGACAUCAUGUCUCAAUCCCACACCGUGACGGUACCAGUCGCAUCGGAGCUCUGUGAUGACACGAUAAUUGGGAGAUACUUGACCGGUUUCCAACCCUUACACUCUGCCCUUGUCAUGGCCCCUCAAGAUUCAUCCAUGGUAGCAUCAAAUGCCUCUCUGCUGACAUCCGCAGAGGCUGUUCAACCUUCGGACACUGCUCAACCUCCAACUGCCAGUUCUCCACAGCUGACUACGCUGACACCUUCCCAGUUCAUGUUAGUGUCAUCAACACAGCUCCUCCCCUUCACGUCAUCAUCCCAGGUUACCGUGACAACAUCUCAUCCCACCAUGACAUCACCAAGCUCACUGGCAUCGUCCUCUUCGGAGCUGCUAACCUUCACAACCCCACAACUCGCAACAAUGAUGUCACAGGGCACAUCCACCAUGCAAUCCCUUACUGACUUGGUCCCAUCUGUGAUAGAUGAUGUGUCCAACCAAGCAGUGGUGACAUCAUCUCAGUUAUCCACUUCCCUUGAUUCUCUGGUCCUUCCUGGAGCUAAUCCUCAGAACCUCCUGGAAGUAGCCACCAAGGCCAUCAGGGAAGAUGCAGAAGAUGAGGCAGGGGAAGCAGACUUUGCAACCUGCUGGGAUGACAACAUUGGAGAGGAACCUGGCGCUUCAUCCGCUCUUGAUGAUGAUGGAGAAUACCAGGAGUCUUUCACUAACGAAUGGUCACGGCUAUUCAAAGAAAAAUUUUCUCCUUAUUUUGGUUACGUCCACACUCUAGAAGAGGCUGAAGAGCUGCUCCAUGUCUAUGAGGUGUGCACGGAAUCUAAAUACGUAGGCAUCAAGCGAUGUGACAGGACAAACUUUGAGAUUAAUGCCACCAGAGGACGCCCUUUCCGCUACACCCCUCUCAUCAUCUGCGGUUACAAAGUUCCGUUUGAUUCUGUGCCUUACUAUCAUGGAGGUAAAGCCAUGUAUUAUUGUCAUUUGGGAAAUAAAAGGAAACAUCCCCCGAAGGACCGUCCGUUAAAGCACCCCGAGAAACGAAUGCAUAGCAAGAAGGUUGGAUGCGAGGCACGCAUCGCCUUUCGCGUCAUUGCAAGGUUUCCAGAGCAUAAGUUGAAGUGCGACACAGAGCACCAUCGACUGAUAGCGUCACAGACAUUGUCCAAAGUCUGGAAGGAAGGAGGAAAGGACAUCGCCGUCGAGUGGAGAGUCUACAUUAUGCUUCCCAAGGCCAGCGCACACACCAACCACGAGCUUGUUCGGACGUUACGUCUACGCGAUAGACCUCUCGAUAAACGAUUGAUCGGUCGGAUCUGCCAACUUGUGAAGAUGGGACUCAGGAAUACCCACACCAUUCAGAAACAUGUGGUUCACUUCGCAGAGCAAGUGCUGCGGAAGGAAGGGAUGAGCUGGAAAAGGAAAAAGGAUAUAUGCGGUAGCAGGCAGAUCUGGUGGUAUCGCAAACAAAUGCUAGAUCACAUUGAGAGUAACACUCUGGAGACGUGCAAGUUCCAAGACAUGAUCAAGGAGGUUGAGGAUAUCGCCGAAAGAUAUAACUACAACGGAUUCAUCCAGGAGCUGUCAGAAAUCGAGGACGACACGGACACUGGCAAGUGGAAGAAACGAACAGAACUGAAGAAUCGCAGAAGCUAUGAAGAGCAGCUGUCAAAGCUUAAGGAAGAGUGCUUUACUGAAUUGCAGCACUUUGUUAACAACGUACAGUCAUGUUCUCAGGUCGAAGUACUUGCAAGAACGUUAAACAGCUUCAGAACUUUUAGGGAGACAUUUGAGAAGGAAAUGACUUGUGACGAGAAUAAACAAAAAGAACCAGACAGUGCAAACCUGUCGAAUAGAAUCAUCCAGAUAUUCAAUGUUGACUCUACGCAGAACAUUGGGAACAUCAGCCAAAUCCUACAGAUUGAAACAGGAACAAACCAAACAGCUAAUGUAGUCCAGUUACAAUGUACGCAAGAAAAUAAAUUACAAUCUUGAUGCACACCAGGACCCCAUUGCAUGAAUGUAAACCUUUCUGGUAAUUUUGACAUUCAAUAUCAACUUCCAUGAAGUCUUUGAUUUUGAUUGGCUGUUGAGUAUCAUUACCAAGUUAGUUCCUAUUGUUUGUCAAAGUUACCAUAAUUUCAAGUCGUUAUGCAACAGGCUCCAGGUGGGUGUUUCAUAAAGUUGUUCGUAAGUUAAGAGUGACUUUAAUAACUGGUGAUCAUUUAUUGUAGUAAAUUGUAUACACCAAAACUCUCAUUUGCGAUGGUUUAUUAGCGUGUAAGAAAGGUUUACCAGUCGCUCUUAAUUUACGAACAACUUUAUGAAACGGCCCCCUGGCCUCAAAGAGGGGCUCAUGUGGUAUUCAGACUUUUUUUCAUCUAAACAAGCUUAUUUCUACUAGCAAAAAGCCUUUUUUCUAAAGUUCCAAAACUGUCUAAUUUCCAAGCAAGAACCAAUAUGUUGUGAUUUUAGCCUAAUUUUUCCUCUCGCAGUGUCCCAGCUUAAAGUGCAUUUGAUGAUAGGCCUACAUGUACUUUGUUUUGUAAUUUAUUUAAAUUUCCAGUAGGUAGUGUACAGUUUAGCAUGCUGCAUAUCAACUGCUUUCUAAUAAACACAAUUAUUGAUAUCAACAAUAGCCAACAAUUUUGAAAUAUAGCGCAUAGCAUGAAUUUGCAAUUCACUUUGAGCACCAAGUAGAAAUUCUACUUCUUGUUCAAAGUAUGAAUCGAGUUAGUCAAAUCAUGGUUUAAACACGAGCCUCUUCUAUUUUUCAUUAGAUUUAUAUGGUUUCUUGACUAUUCAUAAUAAACAAUCGAUUUCACGUUGCAAUAACAAUUUUAACUGCUUUUAUGGCUCCUGUGCAUACCUGUGGGCACUUUUAUACCAAUUACAUGUAGGCCCUACAUGUAUUUUCUACAUACAUGUAUACAGUACAUGUACUUUAAAGUCUUUCUAAACUCAUUUCCAGAAGAUUAAAUUGUGAUAGUUGGCAUAUGACUAUUAAAAUCAAUUAUUCUUGUUGAUUGAAUGUUUACAUGUAAUUCCAUUCCAAUUCAAAUCUAACUAAUUCACUUUUAUAACAAUAAUAUAUGAAAUAUACCAUAUUGUAAUUUCCAAAAGCCCAGCACACGCUAUGUGACGCGAUUGCUCUAGGAACUGAUUGGAACAAAGUUGCCGAUUGCAUAUCAGCGCAAAUGAUCACAUCGCAGCCCAGCACACGCAUUGCAACAGCGCUGAAGCGUGCUGCAUCUCAUGGUGCCUCUUUUUUGCGCGUAUCUCAUCGCUGCAGAAUCGCAACAAAUUGGCCAUGACAUCAUCAUCUAGGACAAACCUGAUUGGCUAAAAUUAGCAAAUUUGCAGAAAGAUUUAACAUGUCAAAUGUUAGGGCCUAUUUCAUAAAGGACUCACAUUUGUUGUUAACUCUGCCAUUAUGGCAACUACCAUUGUAACCUUGGUAAUGAUUGGCUGCUGAGCCCUGUUACCAUGGUAGUUAUGGCAAACUUACAACAGUUCCAAGUCUUUUACGAAACGGGCCCCGGUUGCGAUCCAACUGCAACAAAGAGGCAGUUGCUGCGCGUUGUAGGUCAAUGCGCACACUGCGAUUUUGUUGCACUAAAAUCUUGGUGCAAACGCAUUGCAUAUUGUGCGCUGGGGCCCGUUUCAUAAUACUUGUUUUAAUUACAAAUUUGCAAUAAUAGUUUAAAGCUAUUGAAAUCAUUGAAUCUCAUUGGCUGGUAGUCAACUUGUUAUAGAAAAUAUGCAUUUGUAAUAAUAAGUCUUUAUGAAACGGAACCCAGGUGUGGAUCCAGGGGACAAGUUAAAAGUAAUAAGUUCCUCUUAGAGAAUCUUUUUAUUUUCUAGUCUGAUUUUUUUUAAAAGAAAGUUUCACCAAGGUUGGUGAAAUUUGAUCUUUAUUUCUUUUUUGCCCACCCCCCUUCUUAAAUUUUAGAUUCACCCCGUAAAGCGACCGCACACCUUACGAUUGGUCUGCGACCCGAUUUCAGAAUAAAAUGUAGUAGAAUUUGAUGCUAAUAUUGAGACUUGGAAUAUCUUACUGUGUAAUGUUCUAAAUCAUCGUACGAAUACAUGUACCUAUGUUCAAAUCUGUGACUAUGCUAUCAUCCUUCUUAGAAUAAAAGCGAAUUUAAUAUCUAGUCGUAAUGACGUCAUAGCAGUCGUACAAUUGGCUAUGAUUUGAAACUAAUUUGGCCUUUACUCCAAAAUAAAGGUUUGCAAUCUUUCAAAAUGGUAAUAUUAGUAUUCUUUCAAUUAAUUUAAACCUCAAAUAAAAUGAUAUGUACCUUUCGCAUUUUCAGAAAAUGAGCAAAAUGCGAUUUGUUCCAAAAUUGGAUCGCGAACAGUCGUAAGGUGUGCGGUGGCCUUUAGAGUGGUUUCAGAAUUCUAAAAUCAAGAAGGAUACUGUUUAACACAUAAAGCAGUAUUGUUUUUUUCACAUGGAUCAUUUAUUUUAUUUUUUUCAAUUUAACAUUUUCACAAUUUUCACAUAAUUUCGUCGCAUCUGAUACACAAUUACUCAUCCAAGGAAACAUUGGGAUGUUUUAAUCAAUAAAUAUUAGCAUCAGUAUAUAAAGAAGUCUUUGUUUAACACAUACCAGUUCUUUAACAAACAAUAAGAAAACAAUAUUUCUAUUUCAUUUGAUAUUCAUGUAUAAGGAAAUUUGUAUUUUCAUUUUUUUGGGGGGACUGCAUGAAUUACAUUAAGAAGACAUAAGGAUAUAAGAAAUAAAUAUUCUGAAAUCUUUGGAUUUGAAAGUAUAAAUUACAAUAAUAUUCACAAGGACUAAACCAUAUAAAUAUAAGAAAUAAAUAUUCUGAAAUCUUUGGACUUGAAAGUAUAUAUUACAGUAAUAAUAGCUAUAAGGGCUAAAUUAUAUACAAGAAAAAAAAAUAUUCUUAAAUCUUAUGACUUGAAAGCAUGAAUUGCAUAAUAAUACUAGCUAUGAGGAAUAAACUUAAUAUUCUGACAUCUUUGACUUGAAAGCAUAAAUGUGUAUAUCAUUUGAGAGUUUUUAGAAGUAAUGACCCCGCAAAAUUAUUGGCUUUUUUUUUAACAUUUAUUUUUUUUAUUUUUCAGGGCCGGUUUCAUGUAGAUUUAGAACCAUAAUUUGUAACUUUGCCAUUAUGGCAAUUACCAUGGUAACGGCUCAGUAACCUAUGACAAUCAUGGAUUGCAUGGUAGUUCAAUACCAUAUUAUCAAAGUUGAUAGUUUUAUGAAAACAGGUCCCUGGCUGUUUUCUCUCCUACUUGUACUGUUGCACUAGAUAAGGGGUCCGUUUCAUAAAACUUGUUAAAAUAACAAAUUGACAAUAAUAUAUAAGCUACUGAAAUCCUUCACACUGAUUGGUUGAUAAUAAAUUUGUUAUAGAAAUCUC